AUGGGCGAAUCCGAGGGAUCAAUUUGUUUCACCCAGGAGCAAGAAGCUCUCGUUGUGAAGUCAUGGGAAGUAAUGAAGAAGAAUUCUGCAGAGCUGGGUCUCAAGCUUUUCUUGAAAAUAUUUGAGAUUGCCCCGUCGGCUCAGAAAUUGUUCUCCUUCUUGAGAGAUUCGAAAGUCCCUCUGGAACAAAACCCGAAGCUCAAGCCUCAUGCUAUGAAUGUCUUUGUCAUGACGUGUGAAUCAGCAGUUCAGCUUCGAAAGGCUGGUAAAGUCACAGUGAGAGAUUCAACCUUGAAAAGAUUAGGUGCUCUCCAUUUCAAAACCGGUGUCGUGAAUGAGCAUUUUGAGGUUACAAAGUUUGCACUUGUGGAAACCAUAAAAGAAGCAGUACCAGAAAUGUGGUCGCCGGACAUGAAGAAUGCAUGGGGAGUAGCUUAUGAUCAUCUAGUUGCUGCCAUUAAAGCUGAAAUGAAACCUUCCUCUUAG